CCAAAACUGACGCAGUGUCACGGUCGAGUGCGAUGCCGGCGGCCACAGCCCGGGCCCUCUUCCAGAACAGCAAGCGUCGAUAUGGAAAGACCUUUCUAGGGUCGUUCAACAUGUACAAGGUCAAUGUGGACGAGAAGCAUGUGCUCGAUCCCCGCAUCGGCACGUCGUGGCUGCUGCCUCAUCAAAACGGCGAGACAUUCCGCCUGUGGGUAGCUCGGAACCUCGAGCUGUCGCCCCUUAUGCGCGGGUUGGACGCCCUUAUGGUCGUGCUGAGCUUCGUCAUGGUCGCGUUCUUUCUAUAUACAAACUGGAACAGCUACAGCAUCGAUUUGGACCCGGCCGUGCAGACUUCGAGCAACGUGAUUGGCAUCCUCUUCACAGCCGACUACAUUAUCCGAGUGUAUGCCACCCCCCUGCGCCUCGAAUACGUCACGAGCGUGUUUUCCCUUGUCGACUUGAUCGGCGUUGCAUCUGCAUGGAUCGAAAUCUGCCUCUCUAAGCGCUAUAUGGCGAUUUUGAAAAUUGACACCAUGGGGCGCCAGUUCCUGUCGAUGCUUCAAGUGAUGAAGUCGCUGCGGGUGCUCCGGGCGUACCGCCUCCUGCGCUUCACGUCGUCAAUGGUGCAGCGCCAGAUCCUGGCCACGGUCCUCACGGUGCUGUGCAUGAUCAUCGCCGUCGCCGGCGCGCUCCAAAACCUCGAGCUGUGCCCUGCCCAUUGCCCUGACAUCUGCAUCCCCCUCUAUCGCAACGACACGAUGGCGUGCGUAGACGUGGAAAUCACGUUCGCAGACUCCAACGCCACGACCACGUGCCCCAGCUUUGUCAACCACUUGCUCGAGAAAGCCCUUCCCCCAACCAACUGCUGCCGGUGUCAAGUGUAUCGGUUUCUCGAUUGGAUCUACUUUGUCGUGGUGACCAUUUCGACGCUGGGAUACGGGGACAUCUCCCCCAAAACUGCGUCUGGACGCUUUGGCACGGCCAUCUUGAUCAUGAUGACGUUCGUGUUUGUGCCCAUCCAAGUGAACAAGCUCGUGACGGUCAUUUCCCAACACUCCAAGUACAACAAAGCAUACACGUCUCGAAGUGACACGCACGCCGUCAUCACAGCCCACCAACUCGACGUGAGCAUGCUCCAUGCAUUCCUCCGGCAGUUCUUUCAUCCUCAAAACCGAAACUGGAACGAACGGAUUGUGAUUCUGCAUCCCCAAGAACCGUCUGCUGACGUGACCAAGAUCAUCCACCUGUACGAGCCCCGCGUGACGUACAUUGUGGGCUCCGCCAUGCAAGAAGCCGACCUCAAGCGCGCGGCUGUGCCCACCAGCGCCAUCUGCUACGUGCUCACGUCGUGCGCGGGUGACAGAUCUGGCCGAGCUGACCAGAUGUCGGCCAUCCUCACGACAGCUUUCCGCGUCAUGAACAAGACCGUUCCAAUUUUCACCCAAGUGAUCGCGUCCACGUCCGUGUCCUACUGCACCAUCUCUGGGGCCACCAACGUCGUGUGUGUGCAAAAAUUGAAAAUGAGCAUGCUCGCGCUGAGUUGCGGCAUCAAGGGGCUCACGACGUUGCUAACAAACUUGCUGUCGACGCUGUCGCCGCCUUCGAAACCGGCCAAGGAGCCGUGGAUGGCCGAGUACCUCCAAGGAGCGAUGAGUAAAAUCUUUCGGGUGGAUAUCCCGCGGUCGUUUUCCGGUAUCACGUACCACGAACUCGUCAUGUUUCUGUACAACAACCUCCAAGUGAUCCCCAUUGCCAUGGAAAUGGGCAACGGCAUCCAACUCAACCCAAUGUCAUUCAAGUUGGGCCAAGCGGCUGACCCGAAGCUGUGCUGCACCGUGUAUGUGAUUGCGCCCAAUCUGCAAGUGAUCGACCGCAUCAACGAGUACCAGCACGAGCAAAUCCGAGAGUUCCGACAGACACUGCGCAAGAUGGAGCGCGCCAAGGCGGACGCGGAAGGGGCCGAAAACAAGUCCCCCAAAAGCGCCAAGAAACAGAAGAAAAAAUUCACGCUGGGCGGCCACGUGUUUAGGUCCAACUCGCACGACACCGCCGGGUUCGAUAUCAAGGCAGCGUACGAUUUAUUUAUGGCAAAGGAUUUGCCCACCGUGCUGGAUGGACACAUUGUGGUCGUGGGGCUGCCGUUUGCAUUGCAAGAUUUACUUGAUCCGUUGCACACCAAGUCGUCGUCCCAGAUUGUAGUGAUCUUUUCGCCCGUGAAGAUGGCGAUCCCAGACUUUGAGCGUCUGACGCAUCCAAACCAAACGUACUUUGCACUCGGGUCACCGCUCACCUCGUUUGACCUGCAGCGCGUAAGCAUCACCACAGCGUCAUCCGUGAUCGUGUUGUCGAAGGCGGACAGCGGCACCACGAACGCGACGGUCGAGUUUUUCGAUAAAAAUAUGGUGGACGCCGAUGCGAUCACAUGCGUUCGGUUUAUUUUGGAAGGCUGUUCGCGGCAUCGUCAAGUGCCGCCGAAUUUAAUAGUCGACUUGGCAAAGCACACCAACGUGCGGUUCCUGAGCAUGGCCGUGAAGCGUGAAAGUCGACGGGAGCGCCGCUUGACAGAUCGUAUGCUCCUGCAAGGCGGCCAUCUGACCAUGGACGAUGCCACGCUCGCGGACAUGGACAUUGGUGGCGACGACGACGAAAACGAGGAUGUGCUGGAUAUGAACUACAUUUACGAGCCGGCGUAUGCGUCCGGUCGUGUGGCGGUGAAUGGCCUGAUCGAGUCUCUUAUGAGCGAGUGCUACCAAAAGCCCAACCUGCCCUUGAUUAUCGACGCGUUGCUCCACGGCCAAGAGCCCGAUUACGACCUCCAGUUGUUUCAAGUGCCAUGUCCAACGGGACUCGUGGGCAAAUCAUUUGGCGAGAGUUUUCGCAAGCUGCUGCGUCUGAACUUCAUUUGCAUCGGCUGCUGGCACCCCGAGAACGUCAAGGCGAUGACCGCCAAGGACAUUCCAGCGUAUGUGCAUACAAACCCCAAGACAGAAAUGAAGCUCCACGCCAACGACCUGCUCUACGUAAUUGGCCGCCCGGCGUCCAAGAUCGAGUUGUGAUCGUUUUCUUUCGCCCAUAUCCGAUGGAUAUGCCUUAAUUUAUUACCCCGCUUUUGACUUGAAAUGUCCUACUACUGGCGUCGACUGGCUGGCGGGGGAGUGCGCCACCGAGCGCGCAACGUGAUCAUCACCGCACCAAACGAUAAAAUGCCGCCCGCCACCGCUAUGGAUGUUAAAACGCGGCGGUGGAAUGUGGCGGCGUCCCGCGCAGUGGUCGCUUCAUCGGUUAGGAUGCGGCGGAACUCGUCCAUGUCUGCCUGGCGCGACACCGCGGCUUGGCCCCUAGCGAUGGCAUCCCGACGCAACGCCGCGUUCUCGUUACGUUGACGAACGAUAUCCGCUUGGAUGGACGCAAUGUCCGCUGUCGUAACCUCGAUCUCGUGCUGCAAUGCUCUCCACUCGUGUAGGUGCUGCAUCAACUCCCGUUCACUUUCCCGCAAUUGGGUCAACUCGUUGUUCUUGGCCGCUACAUUGGCGAGCAUAUCAUCCUUCAUACGUUCCCAGUGACUUGCAAUCUGCUUCUGGUUGGUCUCUUCGAGGACGAGGAGGUCAGUCCAGUUGUCACGCCAUGUUGAAAGCUUCCUGCGCAAGUGAUCGACGAUCGAUGUGUUCAAUGGUGUGACCUGAAUCUCAAUCUGUGCAGCGCGAACGCGGCCCAUGACUUCCUGAACAUGUUCGUGCUGACUGUCUGUCUUGACAAAGGUGUUCAUGGCGCUGUACAGCAUCGCCGUCACUGCCGCCACGACCCACACCGCAUUACGCCACAGACUCAUUUUUAUUUCGCCAGGUGAGGACUG